CUGAGCACUGCAAAGACAUAAAUGAGUGUGAGACAAUUCCAGAUGCCUGCAAAGGGGAAAUGAAGUGCUUCAACCACUACGGAGGGUACCUGUGCCUUCCCCGCUCUGCGUCACUCAUCCCAGCUCCAGAGCCCCCCAUCACACCCACUGAGGCCUUUAACCCCUGUCCGCUGGGCUACGAGCCACAGGGAGACAGCUGUGUGGAUGUUGAUGAGUGUGAGCGAGACGAACAUGACUGCCUGCCCAGUCAGCAGUGUAUCAAUACAUUGGGUGCCUUCACCUGCCAGUGUCCAGAUGGUUACCGCAAGGUUGGCACAGAGUGCGUAGACAUCGAUGAGUGCAGGUACAGGUACUGCCAGCAUCGCUGUGUCAAUGUCCCCGGCUCCUUCUCCUGUCAGUGUGAACCUGGUUUCCAGAUAGCGGGAAACAACCGAUCUUGCAUUGAUGUGAAUGAAUGUGACAUGGGUGCCCCCUGCUCUCAGAGGUGUUACAACACGUAUGGCACCUUCCUCUGUCGCUGCGACCAGGGAUAUGAGCUGGGACCUGAUGGCUUUGCUUGUAACGACAUCGAUGAGUGCAGCUACUCCAGUUACCUGUGCCAGUACCAGUGUGUCAACGAACCAGGGAAGUUCUCCUGUGUGUGCCCGGAAGGAUACCAACUGCUAGGCUCAAGACUAUGCCAAGAUAUAAAUGAAUGUGAAACAGGUGAACAUCAGUGUACUGAGACACAGACCUGUGUGAAUAUCCAUGGCCGAUACCAGUGUGUGGACAAAAACCGAUGCCAAGACCCAUACCUGCAAGUUUCUGACAACCGCUGUGUGUGUCCUGUCAGCAAGCCUGGUUGUCGAGAUCUGCCCUUCUCUAUUGUCCACCGCUACAUGAGCAUCACCUCAGAGCGCUCCGUACCAUCCGACAUCUUCCAGAUUCAGGCAACCAGCGUAUCUCCAGGAGCUUACAACACUUUCCGCAUCCGCUCUGGAGAUGACAAUGGAGACUUCUACAUAAGACAAAUCAAUAAUAUCAGUGCCAUGCUGGUGCUGGCCCGUGCUGUUUCGGGGCCCAGGGAGUACACGUUGGAUCUGGAGAUGGUGUCAGUUAACCCUCUGCUCAGCUACCAGAGCAGCUACCAGACCAGCUCCGCCCUCAGACUCUCCAUCUACGUUGGGCCGUACAGCUUUUAGAGAGCAAGAGGAGGGACAGAAAAAGAUGGAGGAAGAAAGCGAGCUGUGAGGAACAGAGGUGCAAAAUAAAUAAAAGUUGUCAAGCAGUUCAACCAGUCACUGUGAUGUUACACUUUUAGCUUUUUGUAUGUACUUGUCCAAAGAAAGCCACACAUUCUGUCAGUCCACCGUAUUACAUGUAUGAAUAAACGUUCAGUACAGUAUACACAUACAUUGUAGCAGUAAUGUCUCAGCCUUAAAAUAAUUUGUCCAGUCAGAUUUGUUCCCUUGUGAUUUAUCUGUCAGUUUUCCUGUUUUCAGAGAUAUCAUGUCUACUGGUAUAUUUAACUUCACACCUAUCUGACAGCAUCAUUGUGUCAUCUAUAACAGGGGAUGUCAUUCCUUCACAUCUGUACAGGGUGAUAACAACAAAUCUGCGUGACAUAUUUUCUGUCUGCCUUCAGGUGGAGUGAUUCACACCCAGCGUCACUAGAUUAAUCUGUUUUCAUCAGUUCACAUCCCUAUCUUCAGCUCCUCUCUGUUAGUCACUUUAUUCUUGUCAGCCCUGUUUCCUGUUGACAGACUUGAUUCACUAACCACUCAGAUCAGACCUCAGUAUUCACGCUCCUCCUCCACCCUCCACCCUCCACUGUUCAUUACUAUGUCCAAGCUCUCUGUCACUGCCGUUUGUAGGAUUGUCACGUCGCUGAUUGUGUUGUACCUUUUUUUUCGUCUAAAGGUUUAAACCCAAAU